AAUCAUUUUUUAUCACCUACCAGUUUAUUUUAUUUAUAGUCACGAAGCCCAGUACUGUCAGGCAAUAGGCAAAACACUGAGCCACACUCUGAGCAGGUGACUGGGCCACAUAGAGCACAAAGACCAAACACUUACACUUAUUCCACAACCUGCCAUAUUUGUGAACUGUGUGUAAGAGGACACAGGGAGAUGUGGGUUUGGGGGGGGUAUCACUGUGACCCCUCAGAAGGCUUCCCCUACCACAAGCUUGAAAUUUGCAACACCCUUUUUAAAGAAGACAACAUUAUAUGUAGUCAACCCCACCCACCCCCACUGAAGACAAUGGGGACACUGGAAGGACGUCUGGGGUAAAAACUGCAAAACCACUAAGUGGACAACUGCUCUAGUGAUCCCCAUGGGAACCCGUUAUCUGAAAGUGAUAAUUCUGGGAAACCUCUUAGUAAUGUGUAAUCAUUAAACGCUUUGGCUUGUAAUAGACAAACUUGAAAUAACAAAGUCAACUAUUGAGAGAAUUUUUUUUAUAAAUUUCAAAGGAAGUGUUCUGGACCCAGGGGCUACAUUCUGUCUCAUGAGACCACUGGUCAGGAUGAAGCAGUAGUUGUUCAAUAAAAUUUCUUAAAGAGAGGAUGACUCUACGCAGGAACCCUCCCGCCUGACCAAAUGCCGCCACCACAACAUGACGAGGCGAGAGUAUGAUGUCACAGUGCCGACAGCAGACUAAACACACACGGGUGCACUCAUGGAUGGACCCACGCACCUACUAGCGCACUAGAGUCAGAGCCAGAAACCAAAGUCAUCCCCCGUUAUUCACAGAGGCAAAGGGAAAGGGAGGGGGUGAGGAAGAGAGAGGUAGGAGGAGGGAGAAAUCCCAGGUUUUAUACAGCAAGACCGAUAUAAAGUGUGAAGGUAAAAGUUGGGAGUGCAAUGAGUCACUCAGGGAGAUGGGAGGAGACUUGAGGAGAGGAGAGAAAGAGAGGGAUGAGAGAGGAGGAGAAGGGGGGUAUAAUUACGGUAGGAGGCUACCAGAGCAAGAGGGAGACAGAGAGAGAGAAGCAGAGGGAGGGAAAGAAAGACGAGAGCGAGUCCAGCCCACUCCGGUAAAACCAUUCAACUGGUGAGCGAGGGAGCAUUCACCACAGAGACAGAAAGAAGGAGAGGAACUCCCUUGUCUGGGAUAACUUAGUCAAAUACACACACGCGACUUCACCGCGGGAACACGGAUCGUCUGUUUGCUCACUGGCUCCAGAGUUUUUCCUUCAUUCAUUCAUCACAUCCCACUUUCCCUCCUCUUCUUUUUUAUUUACUUUUUUCUACUUUUUUGUGACGCCUCCACACUUUCCAGCCAUCUGUCCCCAACAAAAAGAUAAGGAUUACUCAUUUUCUCUUCGUCCUCCUCUCUCCUCUUGCAGCUUCUUUUUUUCCCUCCGUUUUGCAGGUGGACUGUGAGCUCAACUUCCAAACUUCUGCAAGCAAGACACAAAGACAGCAACAGCGAGAGAAAGAGAGCGAGAGACAGAGAGAGAGAGAGACCAGGGGAAAGAGGAGUAGGAGGAGACAAACUGUUUUUUAAAGACACUUUUAUUCCUUCAUCAAGGACUCUUUCCUCGUCUGUACUUGUGACUGAGUUUGUGUCUGUACAUCUGCGGCUGCAGUUUGGCACUCUUCACUGUCAUCAUGUCAGUGUUUCCCCUAAUCAGCUGGACUGUUCUACUCUUGCUUCAGAGCUGUAGCUCAUCCCCAGAUGUUGCUGCUUCCCAACCAGCAUACUCUCUGACCAUGCACCCUCACCAACAAAUGUUGCCAGAGGCUGACGCAUCCGACUCCCUUUGCCCCUCCUGUGCCCUGGCCAGGAUGAGGAGGAGCAAUGGAGACGUUCCGAAGUCGGCGGUUGAGCAUGAAGAUGAUUCAGUGGCAGCACAGCAGGACAUGGUGGAGGCAGUGAAGAAGCACAUCCUUAACAUGCUGCAUCUGCAGGCGCGGCCCAACAUCACCCGACCAGUGCCCCGCGCUGCACUCCUCAAUGCCCUGAGAAAGCUUCAUGUUGGGCGGGUGGCAGAAGAUGGCAGUGUCCAGAUUGAGGGGGAGGAGGAGACUGAAGGGCGGGGAGGAAGAGGACGAGGAGGUGGAGCAGCAUCAUCCUUGCUUCGAGCAGGCGACGAUGGCGAUGCACAGGAGACAACAGAGAUUAUCACCUUCGCUGACGCUGGUGAGUCUCAGGGUGUGGUGAACUUUGUAUUCUCUAAAGACACCAGUGACCUCUCUCUGGUGGAGCAGGCUAAUGUCUGGCUUUUCCUACGUCUGGCUAAAGCCAACCGCAGCCGAGCCAAAGUUACAAUUCGCCUCUACCAGCAACACAGUCUCACAGAUGGACGCCCUCUUCUACCUAAGGACGACAUCCUGCUGGCAGAGAAAAAGGUUGACACCCGUCGCAGUGGCUGGCACACCUUUCCAGUAUCAGCAGCAGUGCAAAAACUGCUAGAGAGCAGUGAGAGCUCUACUCUCAGCCUACGAGUGUCUUGUCCACUCUGUGGUGAUGCUGGAGCCACCGUUGUACUGGUCUCCAGAGGGUCAGAGACGUCACAGCGUUCCAGCCAGAGAGAGCAAUCCCACAGGCCCUUCCUGAUGGCCGUUGUCCGACAAGGGGAUGCCAGUGACGGGCGGCGGCGCAAAAAGCGCGGGCUGGAGUGUGACGGCAAAGUCCGUAUCUGUUGCAAGCGUCAAUUCUACGUCAACUUUAAAGACAUCGGCUGGAAUGACUGGAUCAUUGCACCUCCAGGUUACCACGCCAACUACUGCGAGGGCGACUGCCCCUCUCACGUGGCAAGCAUUGCGGGGUCAACCUUGUCCUUCCACUCCACAGUCAUCAGUCAAUACCGGAUGAGGGGCUACAGCCCAUUCCAGAACCUAAAGUCAUGCUGCGUGCCCACACGACUACGGGCGAUGUCCAUGCUCUACUACAACGAGGAGCAGAAGAUCAUCAAGAAAGACAUCAAAGACAUGAUUGUGGAAGAGUGCGGCUGCUCGUAAAUGCAGACAAUACAAGUAGACAAGAGGG